GCUGAAGAAUGUUCAAGAAGUGCAACCUGGUCCAGUCCUUCGGGUCUGACGGCCUUGUCACCGAUUUUGCCCAGAUAUCCCUGUUGACAAUCAUAAGAUAAUCCAUUGCCCCCAUUUUCAUUCGAUGUCUUCUGAUCGCCGCGCAAUGUCCGUCCUUGGCAGAAGCUUAGCAAUAGCUUGUCCCCGGUUUUGUGCCCAGGCACUUAAACACUGAUGACCCUUCAGGAUGUUUACUUGUUUCUUUUACCAAAGUUCCUCUGCUUCUAGCGAUUUCCGUUCGUUUUGUGGUAGUUGAUUUCUACCCAUACAUUCAUUGACAAACUCUUCACACUCUUUCACAAUGCCUUGUCUCUCUGCUACUGCGGCUGCCUUGACGGUGGCCAAUGUUGCUACUCAAGCGGCUAUUUACGCACAGUGUGGUGGAACUAACUGGACUGGUGCCACUGAGUGCGUUUCUGGGGCUACUUGUGUUGUGCAAAACCCAUUCUACUCGCAAUGUGUGGCAUCUUCUGAUGCUUCGGCCUUCCCAAGCUCUAUGCCAGCCCUCAUGACUUCCGUCAGCCAGGCCCCUGUCUUCAGCUCUUCAAUGCCUGUCGCUCCCACUAUCUCGGUACCUUCAGUUUCGCAUGCGGCCUCAUCAGUCUCGAUGUCAAUUGCAUCUUCAUCUGCACCUGUCGUUGCAACUACAUCUGCCGCCGCUGAAUUGUCGUCCGCCGUGGCGUCUACCGUUGCUGCUGUCAUUGAGACAACAUCUUCCACAUCUGUAGCCUCUACGACAUCUGCCGCCGCAGCUUCAACCGCAUCUUCAACUGCGAGUGGUCUGACCAAAUUUGCCGGUAUCAAUAUCGCCGGCUUCGACUUCGGCUGCAGUACUGACGGCACCUGCACCGUCUCAGGAAGCCAGGGCCCCAUCACCAGCACCAACAACGGCACAGCGCAAAUGGUGCACUUCGUCAACGACGACAACCUGAACAUCUUCCGUCUCUCAGUCGGCUGGCAAUACCUGACCAACGACGUUGUGGGCGGCGACCUCGACGCCACCAACUUCGCCAACUACGACGUGCUCAUGCAGGCUUGCCUGGCCACGGGAUCCCACUGCGCCAUUGAUAUCCACAACUACGCCCGCUGGAAUGGCGAGAUCAUCGGCCAGGGCGGCCCUACCAACGAUGAGUUCACGGCUCUCUGGACCUCGCUCGCUACAAAAUACGCUAGCGAGACCAAGGUCAUCUUCGGCGUCAUGAACGAGCCCCACGACGUGACUGUGUCCACCUGGGCUGAGACCGUCCAGGCUGCCGUCACCGCCAUACGCAAUGCCGGCGCUACAUCGCAGUACAUCACCCUUCCCGGAUCUGACUACCAGUCGGCGGGGUCUUUCAUAUCAGACGGCAGCGCCGCCGCUCUACUGGGAAUCACCAACCCCGACGGCACGACCACGAACCUCAUAUUUGACGUGCACAAGUACCUCGAUAGCGAUAACUCGGGCACCAGCACCGAGUGCGUCACCAAUAACAUCGAUGAUGCGUUCUCGCCGCUGGCUACCUGGCUGCGGAAGGAGGGCCGCAUGGCCAUUCUGACUGAGACUGGUGGUGGAAAUGUGGCUAGUUGUGAAAAGUACGUCUGUGAGGAGAUUGCGUACCUCAAUGCUAACUCGGAUGUUUACUUGGGAUACAUUGGCUGGGCGGCCGGUGGAUUCGAUGACACAUAUGCGUUGGAUUUGACGCCCACUGGGGCGGACUUUAGCACUGAUACUGCUUUGGCUGCUAAGUGCUUUGCACGAUAAACAGGCAGUGUUAGGCGUCCCUUUGAAAGCAAGGGUCCAGAGGGAUCGCCGCUAACAAAGUUUGGGACAUUUAGGGACAACUUAGUGUAGCACUACUUCUCUUCUUAUUCUGUAAAUAUUUACUUCACAUAGUAUAACAAUGCAAUUUUCAUCUAAUCCAA